ACCCAGUGUCAUGCUUACGGCUUAUUAGGGUUUUUGCUUUCAGCAUUGGCUCCCCUCUCUAAUUCACUCCCAUUCAAUCCUCACAACAAGCGCCAUGGCUUUAACUCUAAUCGAACCCACAAAUUCCACAACUGAACAAAACCGUAACUGUCCCAUUACAGGCAAAAACUACGAGCUCAAGUUAAACGAGUCAAUACGAAACCUCUUAGCCGAAACCCACAAAGAAGCCCCCAAUUUCUCACAUUUUAUUCAUGUAUUCCGCGAAUUAAUGCAAACCCAGUAUGACCCAUCUCUCGAAUCUAUCUGGGUCUACGCCGGAUUAACCUUCCGUAGCCGGAAUUUACCGAAAGAUGACCUUUUGGAUCGGAUUUCUGCCUCAAAGGACCUGUUUCAAUUGGUAUCGGCGUGUUCUGUUUCGUGUGGUGCUUCGAAGAGCAUAGCAUUGCUCGCUCCGGUGGUGUUCGAGGUGUACAGGGUGGUGGUUGAGUUACUUGGAAAGGACUCGGCUUUGAAGAGGGAGAGGAAGGCAAUGAGGGAGGCUAAGUCUUUGGUGGAAGCCAUUCUUGGGUACAUAAAUGUGUGUUGCUGUAAGGAUGAUGGUGAGCAAUGUGGUUCGAAUAUGAUGACUCCUUUUGCGGAUUUAGUUCGCAUUUGGAUCGAUUCGAAUGGCGGAGUAGAGUCUUUCUUGCCGCUUGUGAGCGGUGAAGUUUGUGAAAGGCUUAGUGUAGGAGGAUGUGGUGUUGGUCACUUGGCUGGAGUUGUCAUUGCAGAGGUGUUUCUGUUGGAACUGUGCUUGAGAUUCCGUGCUGGGAUUGUGAGGGAAGAGUUGGAGAAGGAGCUGAGGAGUUGGGCUGUUGGUUCAAUUACUGGCUUGGGGAACUUUUACUUUUUCGAGACCCUUGUCCGAAUGCUGCUGGAGGCGGUUUUACCUGUGACUUCCCUACUGGUUAGCAUGUCUUUCUUUUGAAUGCUUAAUCUGUUAAUAUGUAUUCCCUACAAUCGGUAUGUUUUCUCGCUUCCUAGGUGCUUCCACGAAUGUGAGUGCAGUACACUUGUCAAACUAUGUAUGCAAAUUGUUUAAGUGGUUCUA